GUUUGAAGAAAAGGAAAGCGUUUCCUCUCUACAGCAGCUGAAGUCGUCUGUGCAGAAAGGCAUCCGUGCGAGACUGUUGGAAACGUAUCCAUUUCUGGAAACACACAUUGAUUUAAUACUCCCGAAAAAGGAUUCAUACCGCAUCGCCAAAUGCCACGAUCAUAUAGAGCUCUUAGUUACGGGGAACGGUGAAAUAGCGUUCUUCCGCCACCGUGAAAGUCAAUGGAUGCCUACUUUACGACUAUUACACAAGUUUCCAUACUUUGUGACUAUGCAACAAGUAGAUAAGGGUGCAAUAAGAUUCGUAUUGAGUGGUGCGAAUAUAAUGUGUCCUGGCCUCACGUCACCUGGCGCACAGAUGACGCCUGCCGAUAAAGGAACUGUUGUAGCUAUAAUGGCGGAGGGUAAAGAGCACGCAAUUGCUAUUGGCAUUACUACUUUGUCUACAGAGGAUAUCUCAAAAGUCAAUAAGGGAGUAGGAGUGGAAAACUGCCAUUACCUUAAUGAUGGUCUGUGGAAAAUGAAAGUUGUAAAGUAAAAAUUGGUUUAUAUUAUCUGAUUAUAUGAUUAAAUAGCUAAUCGGAUAAGUUAGCCUGAAAUGUUUUGUAUUAAUAAUAUCGUAUUGUUUCAGUCUAGUUUUUUUGAUAACUGUCAACUUUAAAUAAAUUGAUGUAUGUAGGUAUA